CUGUGCAGAAGUGAGGCUUUGCAAGAGUCACGUUCUCCACAGUUCCUGCAGUCUGCAUCUCAAAAGUCUCUCUACAGUGUCUCAGAACAAUUCAGACUGGACCAUUUUAGCUUAAAAGACUGUUAACUGACUUGGUUGACUUCAGGCUUGUAAUUUUAUCAGAUGUUGCAGAAGAAGGAUUCUUUUAAACAAUGAGAAUGAUGUUUUAUUGUUUUAUGGUUAUUUGCUCCUCAUUCUGAUGAUUAGAGCAAGAAGAGCAAUGAAGAGGAUCCAACCUUUUACUAUCGGGACUAAGUUGUCUGUCCCCUCCGAGACAAAAUGUUUGGAUUGUGUGGGAAUCAUCCUUCCUGUACCGGGUCUGGACUGCUGUGAACUGAGUAACGACUCAAACGAUGACAAUUCUUUCUUCCAUCAGGAGAGAGUGUCCACAUCCACACCAGCGGAGGGACUUUCAGAUGAUAUUAAAGAGGAAGAUGAGAGGGAUUCUGUGUCCCCAUCAACCUCCUCCAGAUCUAUCAAGAAGAUUGCUAUGUGUGCAAACGCUGAAAGCCCGAUCAACUGCCAUGUCGCUGACUUUAACGUGACAAACUAUGAGACGAACAAGCCAAGUACUUCUACUGGAAAGCUGUUUCUAGUUGAGGAAAGACUGAGUGACAAGUCUGGUGCACAGCUAGAGACUGAUUCAUGGACUAAAGGAAGGAAGAUAAGGGACCUUCAUUACGAUACCAGCAUGCCAGCUUUCCCAUGUGAUCAACCAGAGGACGCGGCUCACAGCCAAAGGAGAGACCUCAAAGACAUUGAGAACUCUCUCAUCCAACUGACAACAAGUCUGGACUUGAUGCAGGAGGAACCAGAAAGACCUCUUCAGAACACGUCAGAUGGUGUAGAUUUAGGAUUGGAAAUGUUUAGAACAAGACAAAGCCCGCCGGACCACGUUGACAAAUCGUGGCUGAAGUUGAGGUCACUCCUUAGGGACUAUCAUCAAGAUCUCAUGUUGGCACUAGACGUUUCAUCGUUUUACCAACAGGCUGACAGCAUCAUCGGCAGCAUUAAUUGGAAGAGGAACCUUGUAUUGGCGGGCGAGAUCCAAAAAAGCGACAAAGAGAAGAGAGAAAUUGCCUGUCAGAUCAACAUGCUGAAUGAGUCUGCGUCUCGCCUGUCAACUCUCCACCCAACCCUGGCCAGAAGAGUUACAUGCAAACAGGCCGAGGUGAAGGAGAACUGGGCACUUCUCCAGGAGUUUCUCCGGAACCAGAAGACAGAUGUGUCUUCAAAACGUCCUUCAACUUUACCCGUUGAUCCUCCGACCACAUGCCCUGACUCACAGAGCUUUGCUAGAAAUGAGGGUCACAGCAUAAUGGGAAAAGACGUCAAAGAGGAGCAAAACCGUCUCAGAGGAUUUGAGUGCUCUCAAGGGCUGUGGGCCCAUAGGAUGUGGAGUCCAGUUGAGGAAUGUUCUGUAGGGAGUCGAGGCUCAGUGUCGGAGAACAGCUGUUCCAAGCUGGACAAUAUCUCGGAAAAAGAGGACAGGAAGAGCUGUAUCGCCCAGAUGGCUCAAACAACCCUUGUUUCCGCUCAAGAUUGUUUCAUACCCAAUAAGCUGGUGAAAGAGUCGAAGACAUCCACUGGGAUGAAUGAAGAGCAUGACUGCUCAAAGCAAAGACAAGACCACAAAAUAGAGGAGCUCCUAAGCCAGGUGGAGGUCCUUUGGGAUGCCCUGCAGACGAAAUAUGGAGAGAACAAACAGACUGAACCAGUGGAAAAAACCCAAACUGGAGAUAAAGCCGCACAGAUGGUAUCAGAAUUCACACUCUCAAACCAUCUCCUGGAAAAUGUAGAAGGCGGCAGUUCAGGAAUGCUUGAAAAGUUCCUUGAACUUCUGGAUCCCACCGGAUAUCACAAAAAGAGCCAAGAUGUUCCUGGACCACUGGAUAGGCAUGAAAUGGCUGAGGAUGCAGAAAUGUCACUGGAUCUACUGAGUCAUCAAACUGAUCAAGAAAGAUCCCAGCAACAGGACCAGACCACUGAUGAACUACAAAGCUCGCUAUCUAAUCUAACACUGCGGAUAAACCAGCACCUCUGUCGCUGUGCUGAGCUCAGUAUGGACCUCCUGGACAUAGAAGCAGAUAUGGCUGUGCUUUGUGACUCUGACCUCAGUGGUCUGGAAGGGCUACAGGAGCAGCAGGAUGACCUAGAGGCUCAUUAUAAUAUCAUUGAGUCAGAGGUGAGAGAGAUGGAGAGACUAGCCAGACAGCUACAGGUUCCUUCCCCAGAGGAGAGAGACCCUCUCAGGGAAGAAGUUCAGGCGAUCCUGCAGGCUUGGGAGGAAGUAGGCCGCAACAUGACUGAGAACAGAGGCCGCCUGGAGAAGUUUCAACAGAUUCAGGACUACUUUGAAAACUAUCUUGCCAUGAUUACGUGGACAGAGAACACCAGAUCCUGUAUCCUUGCUGGCAGUUCUGCUUGCAGAGAGAGUGAAAUUGCAGAGAUUGAUCACUGCAUUGAAACAAAGCUGGAUGAGUUUAGGAAACUGGCUGCAGCUGGUCAAAUGCUUAUGCAAGAUGAGAGUCAGUUUAAAGACAUUAUCAAGGAGAGAACAGAUGAGUUGCAAAGCAUGCUGGGAUGGAUCCAGGUGAACUGGCACGCUCAAAAAGAGCAGCUUAAAAGAAACAAGGAUGGGAGAUCAGAGUCAACAAAUUAUUCUGCUCAACAGCAGGCUAUGUCUUUCAAAAAUCCUUCUGAUAGUCUGUGCAGUACAAAUGGAGAGGUCAAAGGAGGUGCUACUGAAACACAGUCAUCUCAAAACAACUUCGAGCAAAAGAGUGGGAGACAUGAUGUGUCCAGUGUUGUCAGUCAGGAGUCCUGCCUUUCAAAGACUUCGCUAGGCUCUAGCAUCUGUCUCAUUUUGACCUUUGAUGAACAGUCUUCAGGCAUCAACCAAGUGACAAAGCAAUGGUCACCCAACAAUAAUGACAUACAUGAAGAGUCAACAAGCAGCAUUCAGGCGGACAGACAUCAAUCACAAGACAAAAACUCAAUGCAAAUGCAGCAGCCACAAGAAAUGCUUCUGGUGAAAUGGCCGAAUGAAUCAGCCAUAAGUAAAGAGACCCAACAAAAAUCAUCUUUUUGGAAUCUUGGACAAUUGCAAAACAAAAACCAUGGAGAACCCGUCCAGUCACUAAGCAAACAGGAAGUAUCCAGCCUUUUGUCCCCAUGUAACACUGAAUCAUCUUUUUGCAACCACCUAACAGAGAAUCUGCAGUCCAUCAACAAGCGAUCUAAUCUGCGAUUAUCACCAGACACUGAUCAGACUUGA